AGUUCGAAAUCUGCAUUGGACAAGAAAAUACUUAGUUGGAAAAUAAAAAGAUUCAAGAUGAACCUAAAACAUGGAUCAACUUUUAUUUUAAUAUUACCGUUAAUAGUCUUAACGCACGCCCAAGAUAAUGAUAAACAAAGAUUUAAAAGAUCGCCGAAACCAGAUUGGGAAGUAAACCCAGGAGCUAAUCGCGACGAUAAUGGUAAUACCAAUGCUGGCGUGCAAGUCAAAAACCAUGGAAGCGAUCACGAUUUUGAGGCCGGAUGGAGUAAAGUUGUCAGUGGACCUGAUAGAGCUAAACCAACAUGGCAUGUAGGUGGUACAUGGAGAUUCAAGAGAUCGCCCAAACCAGAUUGGGAAGUAAACCCAGGAGCUAAUCGCGACGAUGAUGGUAAUACCAAUGCUGGCGUGCAAGUCAAAAACCAUGGAAGCGAUCACGAUUUUGAAGCCGGAUGGAGUAAAGUUGUCAGUGGACCUGAUAGAGCUAAACCAACAUGGCAUGUAGGUGGUAGUUGGAGAUUCAAGAGAUCGCCCAAACCAGAUUGGGAAGUAAACCCAGGAGCUAAUCGCGACGAUGAUGGUAAUACCAAUGCUGGAGUGCAAGUCAAAAACCAUGGAAGCGAUCACGAUUUUGAAGCCGGAUGGAGUAAAGUUGUCAGUGGACCUGAUAGAGCUAAACCAACAUGGCAUGUAGGUGGUACAUGGAGAUUCAAGAGAUCGCCCAAACCAGAUUGGGAAGUAAACCCAGGAGCAAAUCGCGACGAUGAUGGUAAUACCAAUGCUGGCGUGCAAGUCAAAAACCAUGGAAGCGACCACGAUUUUGAAGCCGGAUGGAGUAAAGUUGUCAGUGGACCUGAUAGAGCUAAACCAACAUGGCAUGUAGGUGGUAGUUGGAGAUUCAAGAGAUCGCCCAAACCAAAUUGGGAAGUAAACCCAGGAGCUAAUCGCGACGAUGAUGGUAAUACCAAUGCUGGAGUGCAAGUCAAAAACCAUGGAAGCGAUCACGAUUUUGAGGCCGGAUGGAGUAAAGUUGUCAGUGGACCUGAUAGAGCUAAACCAACAUGGCAUGUAGGUGGUACAUGGAGAUUCAAGAGAUCGCCCAAACCAGAUUGGGAAGUAAACCCAGGAGCAAAUCGCGACGAUGAUGGUAAUACCAAUGCUGGCGUGCAAGUCAAAAACCAUGGAAGCGACCACGAUUUUGAAGCCGGAUGGAGUAAAGUUGUCAGUGGACCUGAUAGAGCUAAACCAACAUGGCAUGUAGGUGGUAGUUGGAGAUUCAAGAGAUCGCCCAAACCAGAUUGGGAAGUAAACCCAGGAGCUAAUCGCGACGAUGAUGGUAAUACCAAUGCUGGCGUUCAAGUCAAAAACCAUGGAAACGAUCACGAUUUUGAAGCCGGAUGGAGUAAAGUUGUCAGUGGACCUGAUAGAGCUAAACCAACAUGGCAUGUAGGUGGUACAUGGAGAUUCAAGAGAUCGCCCAAACCAGAUUGGGAAGUUAACCCAGGAGCCAAUCGCGACGAUGAUGGUAAUACCAAUGCUGGCGUGCUAGUCAAAAACCAUGGAAGUGAUCACGAUUUUGAAGCCGGAUGGAGUAAAGUUGUCAGUGGACCUGAUAGAGCUAAACCAACAUGGCAUGUAGGUGGCACCUGGAGAUUCAAGAGAUCGCCCAAACCAGAUUGGGAAGUAAACCCAGGAGCUAAUCGCGACGAUGAUGGUAAUACCAAUGCUGGUGUCGAAGUAAAAAAUCAUGGAAAUGAUCACGAUUUUCAAGUCGGAUGGAACAAAGUAGUUAGUGGACCUAAUAGAGCUAAACCAGCAUGGCAUGUAGGUGGUACCUGGCGAUUCUAGAAUCCUUUAGCGAUAGUAAUAUUAGGAAAUAUUCUCGUACUUUGUAGGUACUAUUUAUUUAAUUUAUUGUUAAUAAAACAUUUUUGAAAGUU